CAGUUUGCCCACAUUUCUACUCACAAGCAUCAAGCGGCGCGUCGAAAGUCUGCGCCCAUCGAGCCGCAGCCCCUCCCACCACGGCAGAGCCACGCCGAGCGCGAAGCACGGUUGGUUCAGAACUUCAGACAGAACCUGGAAGCGGCAGGCCUCGCCAUCUCCGCGGAGGAGCCGGCCACUGCGGAACCUCCAUCUGUGUUCUGAGGCUCUGAGCAGUGCGGACGCUGUCCCUGCUGGUCGCUGCAGUCGUGACUGUUGGGUGGCGGCGGCAGAGUGGGGCAAGGGGCGUCGUGCGCGCCAGGUGUUCGACGAGGUGACGCAACCAUGUCUGUGUUCUGAGGCUCUGAGCAGUGCGGACGCUGUCCCUGCUGGUCGCUGCAGUCGUGACUGUUGGGUGGCGGCGGCAGAGUGGGGCAAGGGGCGUCGUGCGCGCCAGGUGUUCGACGAGGUGACGCAACCAUGUUGACGCCGUUGCGCGUGUUGCUGCGGUGCCGUCGGCCGCCGAUCCGCGCCGCCGCCACGUUCUUUACCUGCUCAGGAAGCACACCCCUCGUGCGUCCUCCUGCGACUGUGGAGUCCGCUGAUGAGUCGGAGCAGGAGGGGUCGCUGGCGCAACGGGUGGAGCGGGCGGCGUCGGUGUGCGCGGCCAUUCGGGGGUGGAUGGCCGCCGGCCGCGCUGUGCAUCGCGGCCACAUCUUUCACGCCAUCAACCGCCUCCGACGCCGCCGCCUCCAUCGCACCGGACUCCAGGUCAUGGAGUGGGUGAUUAGAGAGAGACCCUACAAGCUGAGUGAGCUUGAUUACUCGUAUCUCCUAGAGUUCACGGCUAAAGUUCACGGCAUUUCUGAAGCCGAGAGCCUCUUCCUCCGUAUACCUCAAGAAUACCGGAAUGAGCUGCUCUACAAUAACCUUGUAAUGGCUUGUUUGGAGCUGGGCUUGAUUAAGCUUUCUUAUGGUUACAUGAGGAAGAUGAGGGAACUGUCCCUGACAAUUUCGCCGUAUGUUUUCAACCGCUUGAUUAUCCUCCAUUCUUCUGAGGGGCGUAGGAAGACUAUCUCCAAAAUCCUCGCUCAGAUGAAAGCCAGUAGAGUAACCCCCCACACGUCAACCUACAACAUCUUACUGAAAAUACAGGCCAAUGAGCACAGUAUUGAUGGAGUGGCGAGGGUGUUCAGUGAUAUGAAAAGAGCAAAGAUUGAGCCAAAUGAGAUCACUUAUGGCAUUCUAGCUAUUUCGCAUGCUGUAGCAAGGCUAUAUACUGUUUCCCAGACAUAUAUAGAAGCCAUCAAGAACUCUAUGACAGGUACUAACUGGUCUACACAGGAAAUUCUUCUUAUCUUGUAUGGGUACCUUGGAAAGGAGAACGAGCUAAAGAUGACAUGGAACCUCAUGCAAUGCCUUCCUCAUAUUCGAUCUAAAAGCUUUACACUAGCAAUUGAAGCAUUUGGAAAGGUUGGCUGUGUUGGCCAGGCAGAAGAGAUUUGGGGAGAGAUUAAAUCAACAAGAAAGCUAAGGCUUACAGAACAGUUCAAUUCCAUGUUAUCAGUUUACUGCAGGCAUGGCCUUGUGGAUAAAGCAGCGGCCGUGUUCAAAGAAAUGAGAGCAAGUGGUUGUCAACCAAAUGCUAUUACAUAUCGCCACUUGGCAUUGGGUUGCUUGAAAGCAGGUCUUGUGAAACAAGCUGUGAACACAAUGAAUAUGGGAAGAGAGGAAGUUGUCACUAGGAAGGUGAAAAGUUCAACACCAUGGUUGGAGACCACUCAUUUAUUGCUUGAAAAUUUUGCAGAGAUUGGUGACUUGGAAAAUGCAAAGAAAGUUUUUGCAGAACUGAAUGAAUCAAAGUACUGUAGAAAUUCCUUUGUGUAUAACACCAUUCUAAAAGCUUAUGUUAAGGCAAAAGUUUGUGAACCAGAUUUUGUGAAGACGAUGAUUUUGGGAGGUGCAAUGCCUGACGCCGAGACACAUAGCCUUCUGAGACUGAUUGAACAGUAUAAGACAUGACAUUGUUCAUACAGUAACCUGCUGCUAUGGCUUUGAAGGAUUAUGAUGAAAAGGAAAACAUCAGUGCUAAGCUGAGCCAUUUCUUCUGCAGACGGUGCAUUCAAUCGUCAUUUGACUGUGGAAGUGGUACAUGAACAUGGCCAUCCCAGCAUGUGCACUUGAUGAAGUGCACCUUUCUUUUGGUAUCCAAGGAGGUAGCCCAAAGCUUGUAUGGUCAAAAUAUCGAAACUGGUGUUUCCUUUGUGUAUGAGUUACAUAAAACAAUCAGCUAGGACAAGUGAGUCUUUGAUAGAAUGUGAAGUAUAAUUUAUUGCCAUUUUGAUUUUGUUUCUGUAAA